AAGUGCCUCCGGUUUUAAGUAGACUUAAUCAGGAGGAGGGGCGUCGGGAGGAGUAGCUACUAUAUAAUAUGGUUUCGUUAUUCAGUUCUAACAGGAAACCCAUUAGCUCUAAAUCAUGGCGUCCCCCGGUGCCCAAGGUGAACCUCGCGGCCCCUGCCCCCGGCGUGAGGGUGCUGCGGCGGGACCAAAUCUCCCGCCACAGUAAACAGCUGCAGCCUGAACGUCAACACAACACAACAGUGAAUUCCCCGCAGCAAAUGGCGGGGAAUGUGUGCCGUUUCUUCACUAAAGUUAAAGAGUUGAUUAUCUGGAGCUGGAGCUACCUGUGGGCCCUGUGGUUCCUACUGGUCAUAUCUGUUGUGUACUACCUGAGAGGGCCGCUCAAGAUCACGGACAACAUCGGAAUGGCCACAGUAUUCCUGUCAACACUUACACCCAAGUUUUAUGUUGCACUCACGGGAACAUCCUCCCUCAUCUCAGGUCUUAUAUUGGUAAGUUUAAAUGUUCUUUAUCUACAGUAUUAUACCCUUCCACCACAUUCUCUUUUUCCCUCCCAAAAAGUUUGUAUGUGUGCAUUUACCUAGUUGUAUUUACAUAGUAAUUAACCUGUCCGCUGUGAUUGGCACGGAUUUGAUUUUCACUGGUAGCUUGGUAACAUACAGUCCUAGGUCUUUCUCUGCCUCUGUAGUGAAUAGUGGGGUGUUUCCCAUGUGGCAUUGGUAUGCUGGAUAUCCCCUCCCAAGGUGCAUGACUUUACAUUUUUCUUUACUGAAUUGUAGCAGCCACUUUUUGUUCCAUUCCUGUAGCUUGGUGAUGUCUUCUUGUAGGAAAUCCACAGUUAAUGGGUUAAUAUACAGGAAGCAAGCUACGCUUGUGGGUUUGCAUAUCCAAA